GCAGUGUCUAACCACUACAGUAUUGCGUCAACAGUCAACAGAUGUUGUUGUGCCACUACACUACAAUGGCUCGCUGCCAUGGCAACCAAGCUAGGCUCCUCCUUUCUUCUUUCUAGCCUCACAGCACCUCCCAAAUCCCCUCGAUCCCGUGUCCACCACUCAUCGCCUCACCCGCCCUCAUCUCUGAUCUUCUCCUCCCGGCCACCGAUGGCUUUCGCCGCCGCCGCGGCCUCCACGGCCACCGCGCUCGCGUCCGGCCGCCUCUCGGCCUCGUCCGCGCAGCAGCGACGGCCCUCCUCGCGGGCGUCGUUCUCCCCGGGAGCGUCACCGCGCGCGGUGGCCGCGAGGCGGCGCGCGGCGCCGGCUGCCCGGGCGGCCGUCUCGGUGCGCGCGGAGGCCGGGAAGAAGCGCGUGCUGGUCGUCAACACCAACAGCGGCGGGCACGCCGUCAUCGGGUUCUACUUCGCCAAGGAGCUGCUCGCCGCCGGGCACGCCGUCACCGUGCUCACCGUCGGGGACGAGGCCUCCGACAAGAUGAAGAAGCCGCCCUUCUCCCGCUUCUCGGAGCUGACGAGCGCCGGCGGGAAGACGGUGUGGGGCGACCCGGCGGACGUCGGCGCGGCCGUCGGCGGCGCGUCGUUCGACGUCGUGCUCGACAACAACGGCAAGGACCUCGACGCCGUCAAGCCGGUGGUGGACUGGGCCAAGUCGUCCGGCGUGGGGCAGUUCCUGUUCAUCAGCAGCGCCGGCAUCUACAGGCCGACCGAGGAGCCGCCGCACGUCGAGGGGGACGCGGUGAAGGAGAGCGCGGGGCACGUGGGCGUGGAGAAGUACCUCGCGGAGCAGUUCGCCGGCGGUUGGGCGUCGUUCCGGCCGCAGUACAUGAUCGGCUCCGGCAACAACAAGGACUGCGAGGAGUGGUUCUUCGACAGGAUCGUGCGGGGGCGGCCGGUGCCGAUCCCGGGCAACGGGAUGCAGCUGACCAACAUCACGCACGUCCGGGACCUCGCCAGCAUGCUGGCGCUCGCCGUGGGGAGCCCCGGCGCGGCGGCGGGGCGGGUCUUCAACUGCGUCUCCGACCGCGCCGUCACGCUGGACGGCAUGGCGAGGCUGUGCGCGGCGGCGGCCGGCGCCGCUGCCGUGGAGAUCGUCCACUACGACCCCGCCGCCGCCGGCGUCGACGCCAAGAAGGCCUUCCCCUUCCGCAACAUGCAUUUCUACGCGGAGCCCCGGGCGGCGAAGGAGGCGCUGGGGUGGGCGAGCACGACGAACCUGCCGGAGGACCUCAAGGAGCGCUACGCCGAGUACGCCGCCAGCGGCCGCGGCGGCAAGGCCAUGGCCUUCGACAUCGACGACAAGAUCCUCGCCGCCGUCGGGAAGGCGCCGCCGUGUAGGGAUCGGACUUCUAAAUAGGGGACGAUGCGAUCGAGGGCAGCAACGGGGUGGUGGCGCAGUUGGCUAGCGCGUAGGUCUCAUAGCUGAAUUGCGAGUGAUCCUGAGGUCGAGAGUUCGAGCCUCUCUCACCCCACGGAGCGAUGACAGGAUAUGUGUGCGCCCGUGAUUGGUUGGGGUCCAUCACAGCCGUCUGAUUCCAGACGACGAGACGCACAUCUGAGCUCUCCUUUUCUUUUUUUGGUUUUGUUCUGUUCAAAAUUUUUGCUUGCUAAAUAAAUCCGCUGUGUUCUGAAGAGCUCUUA